CUGGGGAGCUGGCGCCCAGGUGUGUUCUUCCACAGGGCCCAGGCGGCAGAGAGUAUCGCGUCCCGACAGUCGCAGCGGGAGGAGGACAAGACGAUGCCGCUGUCCCCGCCAGCCCAGGGCGACCCCGGGGAGCCCAGCCAGUGCAGGCCCCCUAAGAAGCAUACCACCUUCCACCUCUGGCGCUCCAAAAAGAAGCAGCAGCCGGCGCAGCCUGACUGUGGGGUGUUCGUUCCGCACCCGCUCCCGGCGCCUGCCGGCGAGGCCAGAGCUUUGGAGCUAGUAGAUGGAAGACAUGUGGUUCGAGAGUCCCAGGAAUUUCCACUGCACUGUGGGGAUUCCCAGUUCUUCCACACCACCAGUGAGGCGCUUGGUUCCUUACUUCUAGAGUCUGGAAUAUUUAAAAAGUCCAGAGCACAACCUCCAGAGGAGAACAGAAGGAAGCCAGUUUUGGGGAAACUUGGCACUCUAUUCACUACAGGAAGGAGAAGGAACAGUAGAAACGGGCUAGAGAGUCCCACUAGAUCAAAUGCCAAACCACUGUCUCCCAAAGAUGUGGUAGCCUCUUCUAAUCUCCCAGAGACAGAGAGUGAGAAGAGCAGAUCUCAGAGCAGCCAGCUGAAGCAAGCGGACACGAGCGAGGAGGGCUCCCCGCGGGAGAAUCCCCGGGAGGCAGAGGGCGAGCUCCCUGAGAGCGGUGGCCCCGCAGCCCCCCAUGACGCCGAGCUGUCACCUCGCUGGAACAGCAGUGAAGCGGCUGUGGCUGUGCAGCAGUGCCAUGAAAAUGAUUCACCCCAAUUAGAACCUCUGGAGGCAGAGGGAGAGCCUUUCCCAGAUGCCACCACCGCUGCCAAGCAGCUGCAUUCCUCGCAGGGAAAUUCCUCCAGGCAAGAGAACGCAGAGACGCCCGCCCGCAGUACGGGGGAGGACGCUUCACCAGGUGCUGGCCACGAACAGGAGGCUUUCCUGGGUGCGAGGGGUGCGCCGGGGUCGCCCACCCGGGAGCGGCCCAGGGGAGAACUAGGCGAGGCCCCUGAAGGAGCCCCAGGUGUGUGUGCGGAAGAAGGCUCCCUGGGACCCCGUGACGCCCGCAUCCAGCCCCCCAAGGGCGCGUCUGCUCUGCCAGGUGAGCCUCCGGCCGAGGGUGCAGCGCACACGGCCAGCUCCGCGCAGGCAGACUGCACAGCCCGGCCCGGGGGUCGCGCCCACCCUACUAAGGUGCUAACUUUGGACAUCUACUUGAGUAAGACUGAGGGGGCGCAAGUGGACGAGCCCGUCGUGAUUACUCCCAGGGCGGAAGAUUGCGGUGACUGGGACGACAUGGAGAAGAAGUCGAGCGGCCGCAGGUCCGGGAGGCGGAGGAGGUCGCAGAAAUCCACCGACUCCCCCGGCGCGGAUGCCGAGCUUCCUGAGAGCGCGGCCAGGGACGACGCGGUGUUCGACGACGAGGUGGCGCCAAACGCGGCCAGCGACUGCUCCUCGGCGGAAAAGAAAGUGAAAUCUCCGCGGGCAGCCCUCGACGGGGGCGUUGCCUCCGCUGCGAGCCCAGAGUCCAAGCCUGGCCCCGGCCCCAAAGGGCAGCUCCGAGGCGAGUCGGACCGGAGCAAACAGCCACCCCCGGCCUCGUCCCCCACCAAGAGGAAGGGCAGGAGCCGUACCCUCGAGGCCGUGCCCGCCCCGCCCGCCAGCGGCCCGCGGGCUCCCGCCAAGGAGUCUCCACCGAAGAGGGUGCCAGAUCCCGGCCCGGUCACCAAGGGCGCUGCGGCCGAGAGCGGGGAGGAGGCGGCCCGGGCCGUCCCCCGCGAACUCCCGGUCAAGAGCAGCUCGCUGCUGCCGGAGAUCAAGCCGGAGCACAAGAGGGGCCCGCUCCCCAACCACUUCGACGGCCGGGCAGAGGGAGGUCGGAGCAAAGAGCUGGGCAGAGCGACCGGUGCGCCUGGAGCUUCUGACGCCGACGGCUUGAAGCCCAGGAACCAUUUCGGCGUGGGCAGGUCGACGGUGACCACUAAAGUGACCCUCCCUGCCAAGCCCAAACAUGUGGAACUAAAUCUUAAAACCCCUAAGAAUCUUGACAGUUUGGGAAAUGAGCACAAUCCAUUUAGCCAGCCAGUUCACAAAGGCAACACUGCCACCAAAAUCUCCUUAUUUGAAAACAAACGGGCAAACAGUAGCCCAAGACACACUGACAUUCGAGGCACAAGGAACACUCCUGCCUCUAGUAAAACGUUUGUUGGGAGGGCGAAGCUGAAUUUAGCCAAAAAAGCCAAAGAAAUGGAGCAACCUGAAAAGAAAGUAAUGCCAAACAGUCCCCAGAGUGGUGUGCUGGUGAAGGAAACUGCUGUAGAAACCAAAGUUACUCUCUCGGAAGAAGAGAUUCUACCAGCAACCGGAGGAAUGAAUGGAGACCCUUCUGAGAAUCAAGCUCUUGGUCCUCAACCUAACCAAGAUGAUAAAGCAGAUGUGCAAAUAGAUGCUGGCUGCCCUUCAGAACCAGUGGCUUCUGCUCUGAUUCCUGUCAAAGAUCAUAAGCUCUUAGAGAAGGACUCAGAGGCUGCAGACAGCAAAAGACUUGUACUUGAAAAUGUAACCAGUGCAGCACAAGACAUCCCCAUCACUGUGGAUACCAAAGAUUUACCCCCAGCAGCCAUGCCAAAGCCACAGCAUACAUCUUCUGACUCACAGGCCCCUACUGAGUCAUCUCCUGAGCCUUCUCUUUCACUGUCUGCACCCACUCCUGGGGAUGUUGCCAAAGACACAUGUGUUCAAUCGCCCAUAAGCAGUUUUCCGUGCACUGAUCUGAGAGUGUCAGAAAAUCACAAAGGACGUGUUUUGCCUGUGUCUCAUCAGAACAAUGAGAAAAUGCCACUUUCAGAACUUGGAGGAGAGACAAACCCUCCUUUGUCCACAGAGCAUAGUCCAGAAGCUGUGGGAAGUGAGUGUCCAUCCAGAGUCCUCGUCCAGGUCAGGUCCUUCGUGCUCCCCGUGGAGAGCACCCAGGAUGUGAGCUCCCAGGUCAUCCCAGAGAGCUCUGAAGUUAGAGAAGUGCAGUUGCCAACUUGUCACAGUAAUGAACCUGAAGUGGUUUCCGUUGCAAGUUGUGCUCCCCUACAAGAGGAAGUACUGGGCAAUAAGAGCAUGUCACCCGAACACUCUCAUUGCACAGCAGAGCUCGCGGCAAAAUCUGACCCACAAGUUGUGCCACCAGCAUCAGAGAAAACUUUGCCUAUUCAGGCUCAAAGUCAGGGCAACAGAACACCCCUGAUGACUGAAUCUAGUCCCACCACCUCUCCCAGCAGCGGAAAUCACUUAGACACUCCUCAAAAGCCAGAUCAGACUGUUAGACACGGCUGGAAUAGCCCUGCCGGUCUUUUGAACAUUUCUGCUGGUAGUGAUGACAGUGUAUUUGAUUCUUCUUCUGAUAUGGAAAAAUUCACUGAAAUUAUAAAACAGAUGGAUAGUGCAGUUUGUAUGCCCAUGAAAAGAAAGAAGGCCAGGAUGCCAAAUUCUCCUGCUCCUCACUUUGCCAUGCCUCCUAUUCAUGAAGACCAUUUAGAAAAGGUGUUUGAUCCCAAUGUGUUUACCUUUGGUUUGGGGAAGAAGAAGGAAAGUCAGCCAGAAAUGUCCCCGGCUUUACAUUUGAUGCAGAGCCUUGACACAAAAUCCCAACUGAGACCCAAACGUGCAUCUGCUGAACAGAGUGUCCUCAAGUCCCUGCACACCAACACUAAUGGGAGCAGUGAGCCUCUGGUGAUGCCGGAAAUCAAUGACAAAGAGAACAGGGACAUCACAAGUGGUAGCAUUAAGAGAUCGAGACUAGAAAAAAGUGCACUUUUCUCAAGCUUGUUAUCUUCCUUACCACAAGACAAAAUCUUUUCUCCUUCUGUGACAUCAGUCAACACUAUGACCACGGCUUUCAGUACUUCUCAGGACGGUUCCCUAUCUCAGUCUUCAGUGUCACAGCCCACGACUGAGGGUGCCCCGCCCUGUGGUUUGAACAAAGAACAGCCAAAUCUACCCGACAACUCCUUAAAGGUCUUCAGUUUCAACUCGUCAAGUACAUCACACUCCAGUUUGAAAAGUCCAAGCCACAUGGAAAAAUACCCGCAAAAAGAGAAAACCAAAGAAGAUAAAGAAGAUCUGGAUUCACGAAGCAACCUACACUUGCUGGAAACUAAAUUUUCUGAAUUUUCAAAACUGAAGAACGAUGAUAUGGAAAAGGCUAAUCAUACUGAAAAUGUUCUUAAAUCAAACUUGCCAAACUGCGGAAACAGUGACACCGACUUCAUGGGUCUUUUCAAAUCAAGCCGGUAUGACCCAGGCAUUUCUUUUUCUGGAAUGUCAUUAUCAGACACAAUGACACUUAGAGGAAGUGUCCAAAAUAAACUCAAUCCCCGACCUGGAAAGGUAGUGAUAUAUAGUGAACCCGAUGUCUCCGAGAAGUGCAUCGAAGUUUUCAGUGACAUUCAGGAUUGCAGUUCUUGGAGCCUCUCUCCAGUGAUACUCAUAAAAGUUGUUAGAGGAUGUUGGAUUUUGUAUGAGCAACCAAAUUUUGAAGGGCACUCCAUUCCCUUAGAAGAAGGAGAAUUGGAACUCUCUGGUCUCUGGGGUAUAGAAGACAUUUUGGAAAGUCACGAGGAAGCAGAGUCUGAUAAGCCGGUGGUGAUUGGUUCCAUCAGACAUGUGGUCCAGGAUUACAGAGUUAGUCACAUUGACUUAUUUACUGAACCGGAAGGGUUAGGAAUCCUAAGUUCCUACUUUGAUGAUACUGAAGAAAUGCAGGGAUUUGGUGUAAUGCAGAAGACUUGUUCCAUGAAAGUAUAUUGGGGCACGUGGCUGAUUUAUGAAGAACCUGGAUUUCAGGGUGUUCCUUUCAUCCUGGAACCUGGUGAAUACCCUGACUUGUCCUUCUGGGAUACAGAAGCAGCAUACAUUGGAUCCAUGAGGCCUCUGAAAAUGGUAAAAAUGAAAUCCAAAUGUUCUUGUGGUGAUUCUUUGUCAGCUUGACAUGGUAAUUCAUGGGGUGUGACUUUGAAGCAAUAAAGCUGACUUUUAAGAAACAAAUUUGUAGCAGAUUGGACAAAUUUGCUCAACAGAAAUUAUGGAAACAGUAACUUGCUAGAUGCU